AUGGCACCUACUAGAAAAUAUCCAUCUGGCUACUUGAAGCGUCAAAGAAAAAGAAAAAUUGAACAAUUGACUCAGUCUCAAAAAGGAGCUAUUGAUAGGUUCUUUCUGAAAGAAAAAGAACCACAAAGUUCAGUGGAUGAUUUAAUUACGGAACAACAGGAUGACAAUGAGCAAUUAGCUAAUGAUUUGGGCAAUGAUGAAAUUGAUGAUGACCUUGAUGAGAAAGAUAAUCAUGAGGAUGCUCCUAUUGUCAGUGGUCAACCGAGUGAGUUCAUUCCCUCAAACAUUUAUGAUCCUCAAAUUUGGGAUAGUCUUGAUCCCAAAUGGAUUGAUUUCUUGGCAGAAAAAGGUCCUGCAAGAGAUCUAUCAAUUGAGAAAGGUCCUAAAGAUCAGUUUAAUAGGCGUUUUAAUGCAGCCUUUUAUACUCGAUACUUAUCCAAUGGAGAGAAACAUGAUAGAGAUUGGCUAGUCUAUUCAAAUGAUGUUGAUAAAGUGUUCUGUUUUUGUUGCAAAUUGUUCAAGAAAGGGCCUCUUAAAGGUCAAUUAGCAAAUGAUGGCUACAGAGAUUGGACACAUCUCAAUGUGAGGCUUAAAGAGCAUGAAAACAGUUUUGAUCACAUCUCGAACAUGACCACUUGGAUUGAUUUGCGUCUUAGAUUGCAGAAAAACGAAACAAUUGACAAAGUUGUACAAGACCAGAUCAAGAAAGAAAAAGAGCAUUGGAGGGAGUUACUACGAAGGUUGAUCUCCAUUGUGAAAUAUCUAGCUAAAUACACACUAGCUUUUCGUGGAAAUAACGAUAAGCUUUAUCAAGAAAACAACGGAAAUUUUAUGGGCCUAGUUCAAAUGAUGGCUGAAUCUGAUCCAUUGAUAAAGAAUCAUCUUCAACGCUUCCAAAAUAAUGAGAUUCAUUAUCAUUAUCUUAGUCAUACCAUCCAGAAUGAGUUGAUAUUGUUGAUAUCUUGUGAAAUCAAAGCUGCAAUCAUUCAAAAAGUCAAAGAAGCUAAAUAUUUUGCCGUGAUACUUGAUUGUACUCCUGAUUUUAGCCACCAAGAACAGAUGACCUUGAUCAUAAGAUGUGUGGAUAUGAACAGUACUCCAGUAAAAGUUGAAGAAUACUUUUUGCAAUAUCUGAUUGUGAAUAACACAUCAGGAGAAGGACUGUUUGAAGAGUUGCAAAAUGUAUUAAAAGUUCUUAAUCUUGAUAUUGAUGAUGUGAGAGGGCAAGGUUAUGAUAAUGGAUCAAAUAUGAAAGGGAGACACCAAGGUGUACAAAAGAGGCUUUUGGAUAUAAAUCCUAGGGCAAUGUACACUCCAUGUGGUUGCCAUAGUCUUAACUUAACACUUUGUGAUAUGGCAAACUCUUGUGGCAAAGCGAAAGACUUCUUUGGAACAGUACAACGUAUUUAUAGCUUGUUCGCAAAUUCUACAAAACGAUGGCUGAUUCUAAAAGAAAAUAUAAAAGGACUGACUCUCAAAUCAUUGUCGACCACACGAUGGGAGAGCCGUGUUGCGAGUGUUAAAGCAAUUCAAUCUCAACCUCUACAAAUAAAAAAAGCUCUACUCCAAUUAGCAGAAAGUGACAAUGACUUAGUAACAAGAAGUGCAGCUAAAUCUUUGGCAACAUAUGACAUUGGGAAUUUUGAGUUUUUAUUGGGCAUGACUAUUUGGUAUGAUAUAUUGGCUGCUGUUAAUGAGGUUAGCAAAGAUUUGCAAUCUAAAGACAUGCUUAUUGAUGUUGCUAUAGAACAAGUACAAGGAUUGAUCGCUUAUUUUGAAAAGUACAGAGAAAUUGGGUUUGCAGAGGCGAUGAUUAAUGCUAAAAAACUUGCUAUUGAAAUGGAAAUUGAUCCCGUGUUUCCAGAAAAGCGUCAAAGAAGGUUUGAAGAAUAUCAAGCGUAUGAUGAUAUAUUUGGGUUUUUGUUCACUUCAGAACGGUUGAAUUCGAUGGACAACAAUAAAUUGAAAGAUUCUUGUGAUCGGCUUCAAAACUUUCUCAAGAAAGAUGAGCUCUUUGAUGUUGAUGGGGAUGCAUUAUUAGUAGAGUUGAAGCUUUUACGAGAGCGUUUGCCAAAAGAAAUAAAGACAUCCAUUGACAUAUUGAACUACUUGAAGAGGAUGCGUUGUUUCCCGACUGCAAGCGUUGCAUACAGAAUUUUGUUGACUAUACCUAUUACUGUUGCGUCUGCAGAAAGGAGUUUCUCAAAGUUAAAGUUAUUAAAAUCAUACUUGCGGUCAACUAUGUUGCAGGAAAGGUUAAAUGGACUUGCUUUGAUAUCAAUUGAAAGUGAUUUUUUAGACAAAAUUGACUAUGAAGUUUUAAUUGAUGAUUUUGCAGCAAAGAAUGCACGAAGAGCCAUCUUUAAGUGA